UGGCUGGCCGAGGGGAAGAGACACCCUGAACAACUUCCACAGCACCCUGGUCAUGGCCAAAGCUCUUUUCAAGUGUCUAGAGUAAAGAAAUGGGCUGUGGCACAGUCCAGCGAAGGGUUGGGUUUGUGUAGGUGAGGACCUGGCUUACAUUCUUGCACAGAAGGCUAGAGAGGUUUCUGGAAAGACCAUCAUCAAGGCUAGAAUGUCCUGGAACAUUCAAUUAGAAAGUUGUAAAUGUUGCUUUUAUUUCCUCAGAUGGAGGGAUGAGAUGAGCCACCAAGCUGUGUGAAUACACUACUUGGGCUGGAUCCAGACCAUUUCAUUCUCUGUUCUAACUAUCCCUAGGCCGAGGCCUGGAAGCUUCCAGCCCCAGUACAAUCUAAUCUUCCAGACUGACUGAUUCAAUCUGGCUUUUAUUGGCUUCUGACUGAAUUGCUCUAUUUGGCCUCAUACUACCUUCAGCAAUAUGUUCUAAUCUUCUGGCUCCUUCUCAUUUUCUGGUUCUUCUGUCUUCCUCUGUCUGGCUUGUUCCCUCUGCCACCUGUCUCUGUAAAACUAUCCAGCUAAAACUGCCACACACACACACACACACACACACACACACACACACCAUCCCCUGUCUAGAUUCUUCUCUCUCCCUGCACUGCUCUCAAGUGGCCUCUCUUUGCUGUGCUAGUCUCUGACUCAUGCUGUCAAAUCUUUCUCUGAUUUGUCAUUUCAUCUGCCUCUCAAUUAGACACCACUUUCAAAUAUGUGUUUUCAAACACAAACAAACAGGCUGCUUCCAUCUACAAACUAACGUAACCUUCACUGUUAGGGUGUCCUAAGGGCAUGUCUGUACUCCAGCCAGACUGUACGGUAACCCAGAGCUUGUCUGCAUUUCAGCCAGAUCACAUAGACCCAGAAGGUCUUUGUGUGAUUCCUUGCUACAAGAGCCAUGUUGCUGGAUUAAAAUUCCUCUAGAGAAAGUGACAGUGAUCCAAGCAUGGCUUUGCAUGCCUUUAAGCCUAGAAUUCUGGAACCAGAAGCAGGUGGAUCACUGCAAGUCUGAGCCCAGCCUGCUUGACACAGCAAGCGCCCAUCCAGUCAGAGCAACAAGAGAAAUCUUGGCUCAAAACUGAACUAACAGGAAAAUGGUAGUCACUAAAUGCCAUGGUCUCCCCUCAGGGAGCCCACCUGGGACCCCAGACACGCACAGGAAGCCGUCUGGAGCUGGGGGCUAGUUCUAUAUCCCAAUGCUCCUCCCCCUCCAUCUGACCGCCCCACUGACCGUUCAGCAGCCAUCCUUCCUGGGAAGGUGUCUGCAGACCCUGGUGACAGUUGGCCAUCUUUCUGCCUUGUCUCAUUCCUCUGCCUUGCCUGGUGGAGCCACUGCGGCAUCAUCCAUACCAAGGAGGCCCUGAGCCACUCACGCAGUGACUGCCCAUCUCAGGGCUGGUUCCCCCAGAGCUCUGCAGGAAGGGUGGCGAAAGGGCUACGGGCACAGUCCAACCAAGCAGGAAGCUGGCAUGUAAGAGCCAGGUGCCCUCUGCUGCCACAGUGGAACCUCUCUUCCUGUCUGCCCUGCCCUCACACUCCGAUGCAUCCGAUGCCCGCCUGACAGAUGAAGGCCUGCCUUAGCCUCCCUUCUAUCCCCGUCUGUCACCCACUGACUAACAGCCUCAACAUGCUCGUAAUCCAGUCCUCGUGGCCUGUGACCUCAGGUGGCAGAGGGGUCAGGCUAAGGAGCUUUAGAUGGAGAGCAUCACGGUCCACAGGGUCCAGUGCCAUCACACGGUCCCUAGAGAGCGGCGCCUAAGACUCAGACAGGAAAGGCCACGUGAUGCCAGGAGCAGGGGGUGGGAGAUGGGAAGAUCCUGCAGUGAGGCUUUUGAAUUGGAGGGGACAGCUUGGAAGGAACAUGGUAGCCUCCAGCCGCUGGGAAAGGAAAAGCCGUGAGAAAGCGUGCCAAUGCCGACCCUGCUAGCACUGACUCCUGAAGUACAGUAGGAAUUGCAUUGUUGACAGCCACAGGUUUGGUGGUCAUCUGUGACAUUUGCUCGUUUGUUGUUUGUGUGUGUUCAGGCACACACUGGCACAGUGCACGUGUAGAGGCCAGAUGGCAGCAUUCAAGAGUCAGCUCUCUUGCUACCAUGUAGUUCCCAAGGGAGUUUGUCAGCACCCACUGAGCCAUCUCACCAGCCUGGUGGACAUUUGUUACAGCACCUGUGCCAGGGGGUCCAGGAAGGUUCGAGACCACUGCCUCCAUGUCCAGGACCACGUCCUGGUCACACCAUACCUAGCAUCACACAGGUGCUCGUUACUCAGUGUCUGGAGUAAAUAGAGGCCUGAGCAGGCAACUGAGUGGACACUCAACUGCUGAGGAACAGAUCUUGCUUUACCAGGGCCCUGGGCAUCUCUCUCCCCCCUCUCAGAAAAUCUGCUUCUGUGUUACUCCUUACCCCAAGCUCCCAGGGACUGGCAGGUCUGCAGAAUGGCACAACACUCAUGCCUUCCUGCUCCAGAGGGCACAGAGCCAGCUGCACAGCUCUGCCUGUCUUCAUAAAAGCCAUGAAAGAUGACUAAAGCGUGCCCUGAAGCAGGAAGGUAGAAAGCUCCAGCCUUCCCUAGAAGCCACUCCUGCUCAGUUUCUGUAUGAUUCCAGAACCUUUCAGCGAGGCCUUUUAUAUCCAUACACCCAUAGUCAGGUCAGGCACUCAGUGGUUCCCCCUGAUUUGUCAUCUCAGGUACCCAUAUGCAGUAAUAGUCUAAGAAUAUUAAAGGGAAAGUUCUAGAAAUCACUGACUCCUGUCUUAAACUGUCUAAAAACUGUCCGCUUCCUCCAACCUGGAGUGUGAAUUCUCCAUUGUAUCCACGCUGCAUACAUUAACCUCUUAGCAAAGUUCCCAGUUAUCAAAUCCACAGCCUCAGAAUCCAGAGCUCGUGUUUACGUUGCCCUGAAGCCGCAAAGCAUGAACAAUGAUGCUGUCCAACUCAGACAGAGAAGCCAGAAAAAGAUUCCUUCCCUGGAAAGGCACCACAUGGAUGCAGCAGGUCCUGAGCCUCAUCUUCUGUGAGGGCGACUUGUGGCCGAUUCACCACCUCCCCAACUGGGCCCGCAUGCCCUGGAUAGAGCAAGUCUCCUUCAGCAGCCUCCUUCCCAAGCUUAACACUUCCUGGCCUCGGCUGCUCACCUCCCACCUGAACGCCAGAGGCCUGGCCCCAGCUCUGAGGAAGUCCAAGGCCAAGGUGGUGUACAUGGCGAGGCACCCCAAGGACGUUCUGGUGUCCUUCUACCACUUCCACCGAAUAGCCGGCUUCCUGCCCACCCCCAGCUCCUUUGAAGACUUUGUGGAUGAGUUUCUCGAGGGCACAGGCUUCUUCGGCUCCUGGUUUGACCAUGUGAAGGGCUGGCUGGGCCUCCAGAAGGACCUCAAUUUGAUUUUUGUUACCUACGAGGAGCUGCACCAGGAACCUCGCCGUGCCAUCCGGAAGUUAAGUGAUUUCCUGGGGCGCUCGCUGGGGCGCAGAGAGGAGGACCUCACCCUGGAACACUGCAGCUUCUCCUUCAUGAGGCAGAGCAGCAUGGUCAACUACAGCCUUCUGCCCAAGGAGAUCAUAGACCAGAGCCAGGGCAAGUUCCUGAGGAAAGGUGUUGUGGGGAACUGGAGGGAGCACUUUACUCCUGAGCUGGCUGAAAAGUUCAAUGCUGUCUACCGGUCUGAGAUGGGUGACUCUGGCCUCUGCCUGCCCUGGACCAUGGACUGACCCUACUGACCCAUUCAGCCUAUUUGCACCUGUCCUCCUGUCCUCCUGUGCUAUGCCCUGGUCAAGCAAUAAAAGCCCUGGUCUGUGCUCUGCAGACUCUGCCCCA